AUGGCCGCGCAGGUCGCCGCGGUGCCGCGGGCCCCGGAGGAGCCGCCGCCGCCGCCGCCCUCAGCGGACCGGCCCGCCCGGCCCCGCGGGCCCCGCCGCCGGCGAGCGGCACCCGGCGAGCCGCCGGCCGCCAAGCGGGCCCGGCCGAGCCAGCCGCUGCUGGCGGGGCCCGGCCCGGCGGAGCCGCUGCCCCCGCCCGCCCUCCCCGCCGCCGCGGGGCUGUUCACGUUCUCCCCGCUCAGCCUCCCGCCGCCCGGGGAGCGCCGACACCACCACCGGCACCACGCCGAGCCCGCCGGCCACAAGGCGAGGCGCGGCAGCCCCGCGGACGGCGCGGCGGGGCGGCCCAGCCAGCGAGAAACUCCAGAUGAAAAUGGCAAAACCCAGCGAGCUGACAGUCUUAUUAUGAAGAAGAUAAAGAAAAAAAAGAAAAAGAAACACCGGGAGGAUGUGAGGGGAAAGCGCCUGAAGAUGUACAACAAGGAGGUGCAGACGGUGUGUGCUGGGCUCACUCGCAUUGACAAGGAGACUCUGGCUCAAGGACAGUGUGACAGCCUGGAAAUGAACAAGGAAUCCUUCAGGUACCUGAAGGACGAGCAGCUGUGCAGACUGAACUUGGGCAUGCAGGAAUACCGGGUACCCCAGGGAGUACAAACCCCCUUUGUGACGCACCAGGAGCACUCUGUCCGCAGCAGCUUCCUCAAGACUGGCACUAAAUUCAGUAACUUCAUCCACGAGGAGCACCAGUCCAAUGGAGGUGCCCUGGUCCUGCAUGCCUACAUGGAUGAACUCUCAUUUUUGUCUCCAGUGGAGAUGGAGAGAUUUGCAGAGGAGUUUCUUGCGUUGUCAUUCAGUGAAAAUGAUAAAAAUGCAGCUUACUAUGCUUUAGCCAUAGUGCACGGGGCAGCUGCCUAUUUACCAGACUUCCUGGAUUACUUUGCUUUCAACUUUCCAAACACUCCAGUGAAAAUGGAAAUUUUGGGCAAGAAGGACAUUGAAACAACAACAAUUUCAAAUUUUCACUCUCAGGUCAAUCGGACGUACUGCUGUGGCACCUACAGAGCGGGCCCCAUGCGCCAGAUCAGCCUGGUGGGAGCCGUGGAUGAAGAAGUGGGGGACUACUUCCCAGAAUUCCUGGAUAUGUUGGAAGAAUCUCCAUUUCUCAGAAUGACUCUGCCCUGGGGGACUCUUUCCAGUCUCAGACUGCAGUGCAGGUCCCAGAGUGAUGAUGGGCCCAUCAUGUGGGUGAGGCCGGGAGAGCAGAUGAUCCCCACAGCUGAUAUGCCAAAAUCACCCUUCAAACGGCGCCGGUCCAUGAACGAGAUCAAGAACCUGCAGUACCUACCUCGGACCAGCGAGCCCCGCGAGGUCCUGUUCGAGGACAGGACCCGAGCUCACGCCGACCACGUGGGGCAGGGCUUUGACUGGCAGAGCACAGCUGCUGUCGGCGUGCUCAAGGCUGUGCAGUUUGGGGAAUGGAGUGACCAGCCUCGUAUAACCAAAGAUGUGGUUUGUUUUCAUGCUGAAGACUUCACUGAUGUUGUGCAGAGACUUCAGCUGGACCUGCAUGAACCUCCAGUGUCACAGUGUGUUCAAUGGGUGGACGAAGCCAAACUAAACCAAAUGAGACGGGAAGGCAUUCGCUAUGCCAGGAUUCAGUUGUGUGACAAUGACAUCUACUUCAUCCCCAGAAAUGUCAUUCAUCAGUUCAAAACAGUGUCAGCAGUCUGCAGCCUAGCCUGGCACAUCAGACUCAAACAGUACCACCCCGUGGGGGAGACUUCUCCAAAAGCAGAGAGCAGCUCAAGCCUGAACAGUGAUGUUCCUGGGAGCACAGAGGCACAAGGUGAACCCCAAGGUGUGAGUGUAAAAAUAGAGUCUGAAGAACCAGGUACAGAAAUUCAGCUUACCCCAGGGGUGCUCUCCUCCUCUGUUUCUUCAAUAUCAGGACUUGUGCAACCAGAUCAGGUGGCCCAGCCCCUUCCAGGUUUUAAAAUAGAGUCUGAUCAGCAACACAAUCCACAGGAUCAUGCAGGCUCUUCUGUGUGAUAUGUAUAUAUUCAAACAUUUUUUAAACAACUUUUUAAAAUUUUGAUGUGAAGUUAUAGUUUUAUAACUGGCUUAUGUUUUAUUGGAGAAAUCUUGCCUAUAAUUCUAUAAAGAAAGGUGACAUUCCAAAAUGUCAAGCAUAUCUUUUUUACACAGAUUAUGCAAAAUUCAAGUUGUAUUUUAACCCCUUAGUACAACCUGUAACAGUGGUCUACCACUUCUUUCUGUUUAAGUAAAGAGAUGUUGAAUAUCUUCUCAAAGUCAGAUUGGAAUUCCUCCAGGAAUAUGAAAUGAUUGAACUCCAUUGGUCAGUGUUAUUUCCCUGCUUUUACUUUAUCUCUAAUCUUCACCAGAAAGUGAUGCUUUUGUAGAAGACUUGCAAAGUGAUU